UCGUUAUUCAAAGUGUUGGUGUAUUUCAUUAUUUUGCUUGCAUUUUCAUCAACCCUUGUAGCUCACUGACAACAGAAACUGAAAACAAGCCAAACGCGUGGCAGAUUAUUGAAAAUCUGAAGGCUGGUCCACAGUGUAGAGCUGGAGACGAGGAGACCCGUGCCUAUUGGUUUCAUGGAAAUGUGGUGAGGAGAGCGGAGCUGCCCGUGCUAUAAAAGCAGCCUGUGUGUGAGCGGAGCAUCUCGGAGAGGACCGUAAACUGCCUUCAGUCAGCAGGCCGGUGCGCAUCGCAGAUAACCGGGAUCCACACACAGCGCAGCCAUGAGUGAGAGACAAGCAUCUGGAGCAACGAGUGGAAACAGCAAACCAUCUGCUGGCCAAGGGCUUCAAGGUCAACAAAAGGUUCCAUCUAAACAUGAGAAGAAGAACAACCUCCCGCAGGACUUUGACAUCGACAUGCAAGAUCCGGAGACGGAGAAGGCCGCCGUGGCCAUCCAGUCGCAGUUCAGGAAAUUCCAGAAAAAGAAGCAGGAUGUGAAGUCUUAGAGCAGGCGCUGUCAGCUGCGUCUUCACUUGAUGUGGGCCUGGUCAUGCAUGUCAAUCAAACUGCACCGUCAUGAACUGAAAAGGAGGGGUGGGGGUGGGAUUCCUCAAGGUUAAAUAGGGGCUAAAUAGUAUCUUUGUGAAAGUCUGUGUGUAAUUACUAACUUAUAAUGACUAUUAUACAGUAUAUAACAAUUAUAUAUGGUCAAAUUCUGGAUGUAUGUAUUUAAAGCUUUCUUAUCAUUUUGCUAUUUGUUUUUUACUUCAAUAACACUUCACAGUGUAGCUGCAGUAGAGCUUAAAGUUUUGAUAAUUUUUCACAUUCAGUGUAAUAUACCCAUGUUAACAACAACCUAAAAUAAGUCUUCUCAUAAAUUGUCAAACAAUGAUUAUCUUUAAUUCAGGGGGAAUAUAAAGCCACAUGCAUUGCUGUGACUGACACUCGGGUCAUGAUUUCAUCGACAGUCCUAGCAAGGCGUCAUAAUCAAAAGAUUUUUCAGCUCUACUGGAGGUCUGUUAAUGGCAUUUCCCUCUGGCUGGGUAAAAUGAUCCCAUACAGUUGCUAGUUCUUUUACACGGUAUGACUGAUGCUUUUAAAAGCAAAUCAAUAUCUAAUUUGUAUUUUGAUGUCGGAGGCGUCCCCUCAUCGUGUCUUUUGAUGACUUGACCCUCUCUGAGUUGUGUCUUUGUCGGCAGAUGUUGUGCUUGUGAUUUAAUUCCAAUUGUGUUUCUUUCCUUGUUCUUGUUCCAGCGUGAUUUAAACAGAUAUCUCACACAUAGUUUAAUGUACAAGCACACACAGUUAUGCACGCAAGCUGACAGAUGCACACACACACACACACAUGCAUAUACACACAUCCAGAGCAAUAAAUAAAGAUUGGAAAGGAGUGCAA